AUUGGAUGUCACAUGGUGAACCAAACAGACAUUUAAAAGCCCCAUAAUCUAACUGGGUUUGAGGUCGAUAAGGAUGCAAACACCUCAUCCAGCCCAAUGGACGACGGUAGUUUGUAACAUAAACCAGCUAAGCUGCUCUUAGUGAAAGUCGUAAAUGAUGAACAUGGAGGGGGAGGAGAUGCGCAAACCAAUCCGGCUCAUCGCGGCUGCCUGCAGUGAUAUGGGCAUAGGAAAGAACGGACAGCUUCCCUGGAGUCUUCCAAAAGAAUUUCAGUUCUUUCUGGAUACAAUUACAGCCGUGUCAGCACCUGGAAAGAAGAACCUGGUUGUCUGGGGCAGAGUCUCCUGGUUCUCUUGUCCUGAGACGAUCUUCCCUUUGGCCAAUUGCAUCAAUUUGGUAUUGAGCAGGAAGCUGAAUACAGAGCCUCCACGUGCCCACUAUCUGUGUAAGGAUUUUGGGUCAGUAAUUCGCCUGGUUUCUGAGCCUCCUUUAUGUCACAUUGUAGAGACCAUCUGGGUUUUAGGGGGUCCAGAAGUGUAUAAGGAAAGUCUUGAGCAUCCAUGGUGUGACCUCAUCUAUCUCACUGACAUCAUGGCCAACUUUGACUGUGAUGUGUUUUUCCCAAAGUUUGACCGCAACAUUUUCAGAAAACAAAAAGGCUUUCCUGGAGUACCAGAUGAAAUUCAUGAAGAAAAUGGUAUUAAAUUUCAAUUUCAAGUCUUCAAGAAAGAAGCUUAAAACCAAAGCCAUGAGGACUGGAAGUCCAGACUGUCAAACAUGAUGCUGGUUAUUACAUAAGAAAUCACACCACACAUGAUGUGAAACAGCAGAUGGACUCAGACAAUGCUGCCAGUGAUGAGCAGCACUUCCCUCACGAUUACACAUGCAACAGUUUAUGACCACUCACCAGAUCCACUGUUACUCAUCUCACUGUCACCAUGGUGACACAAGUGAAUCAAAGGAUGGGACACAGUAGGAGGCAUAUAUGGUUUGUGUGUACAUACCAUCUGCUGUGUGAACUCAGUGCCUUACUGCAGUUAGUAUUCAUUUUUUUGCUGUAUGUGUGUGUGCUUUAUAGGCAGUUCUCAGUGAUGUGUAUUUAACUUCUUAGAUUCGUUUUUUUGUUAAAUUAAAUCUUUGGUGCUAUAUUAAAGUUCAUUUCUAAUUCAAAUUAAAUUUUUAAGCGUGAAACAACUUAAUGACCACAAAUAAUGGGAUGUUAUUUUUUUAUAUAUAUUUAAAUAAAAUCUGCAUGUUCAGUGUA